GAGUUGGUCAAGAGCCUCUAGCCUGGCAGAGCCAGCUAACUUAUCCUUGAAAAGAGUGAGGCUGAGUUCCUAGUCUUCAAGCAGGCACCAGCUGUCAGGAGAGCAGGAGGAUUUCUGGAAAACAUGGCAGCCUUGGAGCUCAGGUCCGUCGACCUGCAGAGCGCCAAGAACAACCAGGAGCAUCACACACAGGAGAUGGGCCUCCAGCGGCUCAUCGUGCGCCGUAGCCAGUCCUUCACCAUCCAGCUGCAUUUCAACCGCCCCUUCCACUCGAAGAAGGACUCCAUCACCUUUGUGGCUGAGACAGGACCAGCACCCAAGGAGCUGCUGGGAACCCGAGCCACCUUCUUGCUCACCCAAGACCGACAAGGCAAUGGCUGGAGUGCUUCUGACUUCACUGUUCACGCCAACUCGCUCGAUGUCUCCCUUUUCACACCACCCAGUGCAGUCAUUGGUUCCUACUCUCUGAAGAUGGAGAUCUCUCAGGGCCCAAGUCAUAGCACGACCCACCCUCUGGGGACCUUCAUCCUACUUUUUAACCCUUGGAGUGCAGAGGACGACGUCUACCUGCCAAGUGAAACGCUGCUGCAGGAGUAUAUCAUGAUGGACUAUGGCUUUGUUUACAAGGGUCAUGAAAGAUUCAUCACCCCCUGGCCCUGGAACUACGGGCAGUUUGAAGAGGACAUCAUAGAUAUCUGCUUUGAGAUUCUGAACAAGAGCCUGUACUUCUUAAAGAACCCGUCCAAAGACUACUCGCAGCGGAACGACGUGGUGUACAUCUGCAGGGUGGUGAGCGCCAUGAUCAACAGCAACGACGACAGCGGCGUGCUGCAGGGGAACUGGGGAGAGGACUACUCCCGGGGGGUCAGCCCCCUGGAGUGGACGGGCAGCGUGGCUAUUCUGCGGCAGUGGGCGGCCAGGGGCGGGCAGCCUGUGAAGUACGGGCAGUGCUGGGUCUUUGCAGCUGUGAUGUGUACAGUAAUGAGAUGCUUAGGUGUUCCAACACGUGUUGUUUCCAAUUUCCGUUCUGCACACAACUCGGAUGCGAACUUGACCAUCGAUACCUACUAUGACCAACAUGCGGAGAUGCUGCCAACUCAGAAACGAGACAAAAUAUGGAAUUUCCAUGUCUGGAAUGAGUGUUGGAUGAUCCGGAAAGAUCUCCCUCCAGGAUACAACGGGUGGCAGGUUCUGGACCCCACUCCCCAACAAACCAGCAGCGGGCUGUUUCGCUGUGGCCCUGCCUCCGUGAAGGCCAUCAGGGAAGGGGAGGUCCACCUGCCUUACGAUACCCCAUUUGUGUAUGCCGAGGUGAACGCUGAUGAAGUCGUUUGGCUACUGAAGGAUGGCCAGGCCCAGGAAAUCUUGGCCCAUAACACCAGUUCCAUCGGGAAGGAAAUCAGCACCAAGAUGGUAGGGUCAGACCAGCGCCAGAACAUCACCAGCUCCUACAAGUACCCAGAAGGAUCCCCUGAGGAGCGAUCUGUGUUUAUGAAGGCCUCCCAGAAAAUGCUGGGUGUGCGGAGGACCUCUUCACCCUUCCUAGAUCUGCUGGGGUCUGGGGGUGCUGUGGGCCAGCCGGCACAGCUGCAGCUUCACCUGACCAGGAAGCCCGAGUGGGGCCAGGACCUGCUGCUGAAGCUGCAUGCCCGGAGGGUGGCGGACCGAGCCCACCCCCAGGGGCCCAUCCACCUGGUGGUGGGCUUCUGUGCACAGACUCUGCUGCACAACGGUGGUACCCGGCAGCCCCUCUGGAGACAAAAAGUGCACUUGACCCUGGACUUUGGGGAGGAUAUACAGUGGCCGCUCUCGCUACCUUACAACAAUUACAGAAACAAGCUGACGGAUGAAAAGCUGAUCCGUGUGUCUGGCAUUGCCAAAGUGGAGGAGACAGGGAGGUUCAUGCUGGUUUUAAAAGAUAUCUCCCUGGAGCCUCCCCACUUAUCUAUUGAGGUGUCUGAGAGGGCUGAGGUGGGCAAGGCACUGAGAGUCCACAUCUCGCUCACCAACACCCUCUCGGUGGCUCUGAGUCACUGCACAAUGGUGCUGGAAGGCAGUGGCCUCAUCAAUGGGCAGAUAUCAAAUGACCUUGGGACUCUGGUGGCCGGACACACUAUCGAAAUUGAAGUGGACCUCUACCCCAUCAAAGCCGGACCCCGCCAGCUCCAAGUCCUUGUCAGCAGCAACGAGAUCAAAGAGAUCAAGGGAUACAAGGACAUCUUUGUUGCUGCAGCCAGGGCUCCUUGAGCCUCACGCUCACCUCCUCAGGCCCUCUAGUUGCCCAGCUCCUUCCCUGCCCCACCUCCAGAUGCCCUUUCAGCCCCCCUACCCACCCUCAGGCCCACCUUGCUCUCUUCUCCUCCUGGAGGUGUAUUUUAUCUUUGUUCCUCCGCUGUCCUCUUCCUGGCCUACCUGGGGGCGAAGGGAAGCUCUG